AGGAGAACGCUGAACACGGCAGCGUUCUGACAAAUUCAAACAACCUACAGUGUUAACUUUAUAUAACGUAGCUACCUUUCCUUGUGUACCACCAUGACAUAUAUAAGUGUUGCAUGAGCACAGCAGCGGAGUAUAUAUCAAUUAUCCAGAAGACCGCGCGCGUGUGUGCGAAUAAACCUAUGCUACAAAAAAGCUGCGAUACUUUAAAAGGUUUGCCGAGUACGGUAGUGCGCGUGUGAACACUUUCAGGACCACGGUCAGUACCUUUCACAAACACACACGGAGAGCAGCCACAGAGAUCGACACGCAGUCAUUAACCAUUUUCAUGCUAUAAUAGCUAAUUGGUUUCAAGCCUAGAUUGUUAUAAAACGUUUUCCUCGCACCAGCAAAAUUGGAUAUUGACAGUGUAGGUUUGUAUCGUUCGUCUUCUGUCAUUCAACUGCUGCUUGUAACAGGUAAUGUCCUGAUGAUGCUGGGGAAAUGGCACGAAAUGGACUAAUAAUGAGAUGCCGUGUCAAGAUUAGCCAUUUCUGUAAAAGGACACGAUUGAAUACAGGCUGCUUUUACAUCUAAAGGGACUUAAAAUUGUAAUCCAGUAAUAACCAGCCGUAUCGAUUUUGUUGCAUGAUAGCGUACCAAUUAUCAUUGGCUUAUGCAGAGUCCAGAACCUAACAUGAAUUCAUCCAUGUAUGAAUGUAUGUAUGCACACAGGUACCCAUGUAUGUAAGUAUGUUUAUAUGUAUGCAUUUUAGCAGCUGCAGCUGGGCAGUUUAGGGCAGAAACAAAUAAACUCCAACUCGUCGAAGGAAAUAGCAUGUUCAAUAAUACAGAAAUGCGCGCAGCAUAUUAGAUUGUGGCACUCCAACAUUGCCAUUAAGUUUCGUCCUCUUGUCACGGUAGAGCAGUGAUACAGAGCACUGCACCAGCUAUUUCGACACCCUCGCAUCCAGUUUCUCAGAUUCUGAAGAUGAAGAAGCAGAACGUGAGAACGCUCUCUCUGAUCCUUUGCAUGUUUUCAUACCUGCUCGUGGGGGCAGCUGUAUUCGAUGCCCUGGAAUCUGAAUCCGAGAGCGCGAGGAAAAGGAUCCUGGAGCAGAAACGCAACGAGAUGAAGAAGAGGUACCGAUUCACCGACGAAGAUUAUCGAGAGAUCGAGAGAGUGGUUUUGCAAACUGAACCCCAUCGAGCUGGGAGGCAAUGGAAAUUCGCCGGCUCGUUUUACUUUGCAAUCACAGUUAUCACGACUAUAGGUUAUGGCCAUGCUGCACCUGGCACUGACGCGGGGAAAGUGUUCUGCAUGUUCUAUGCAGUCCUGGGCAUCCCUCUAACCCUGGUCAUGUUCCAGAGUCUGGGUGAAAGAAUGAACACUUUUGUUCGGUACCUGCUGUGGAAAAUCAAAGAGUGCCUCGGCCUGAGAAAGAAAGAGGUGUCCAUGGAGAACAUGGUGGUGGUUGGCUUCCUGUCCUGCAUUAGCACCCUGUGCAUUGGAGCAGCCGCAUUCUCUCACUUCGAAGGGUGGACCUUCUUCCACGCCUAUUACUACUGCUUCAUCACCCUCACUACCAUCGGCUUCGGGGACUUUGUGGCCCUUCAGAAGAAAGAAGACCUCCAGGAAAAGACCCCCUACGUGGCCUUCAGCUUCAUGUACAUCCUGGUGGGGCUGACCGUCAUCGGGGCCUUCCUCAACUUGGUGGUUCUCCGUUUUCUGACCAUGAACUCCGAAGACGAGAGGAGGGAUGCAGAGGAGCGGGCGUCAGUGAAAAGAGAGCGGGGCAUGAUCACCCUCAGCAUGGGGGAAGACGGCAGGAGCCAAAGCACACUCUUCUUGCCCAUGGAAGAAGGGACGAGCCGCACCAACCUCAUCCCACUGGCCACGGACGACCAGGAAGACAUGCAGAGGCAGCGUCCUUGCAAAGCCGAGCCCCAGAUCGGCUCGCUGUGGUCCUGCAUGUGUUACCGGUCUCAGAACUGUGACAGCCCUGCCCCCUCACACCAAGAGCACAGCUCGGUGUACUUCAACUCCAUUUCGUACAAGGUCGAUGGCAUUUCUCUGAGUACGCGAGACAACACAGCCUUGUCCUCCCCGGGAAGCAGACUGUCCCCCAGCCGCUGCAGCGUAAGGGAGUACCUGAGAAGCAGAAGAAAGUCUGUAUAGAUCAGAACCACCUGAGCACAGCAUUUGUACACAUUUGACAAUAUUUUUUAUAAUGUAAGGCAUAACCUGAACACCUUGAAGAGAACAGUGUGAAUCAUGUAUAUAUUACUAUUGCUUAUCCUUAACUUCAUUGGUUUCUCCUAACUGUAUAUACCGUAUGCUUGUGCAUGACACUGGACUGGAGCAUGUUAUGACAGUAUGUAACAGGCAGCGCUGGUUCUCUUCAAACAACCAGCAGAAUUCACAAUUACAACAAACACAUCUGCAGCCUUGUGUUGAUUGUUCAAUCAGUUAUGUCAAGCCUGCUAUUUUUGUUUUUUUGUUUUGGAACUUCCUGUUCUUUCAAUUUGUCGUUUUGACUUGAAUACAACCUUUAUUGUUAAAAACAAAAAACAAACAAAAAAAACAGUUUGUAGAAUUGUAAAAUUACAAUAAAUUUUGAUAGGGAAUGUGAA